AUGAAUCUCCGCCGUUGUGCUGGUGUGCGCCGCCUCAGUUCCAUUGCCACAGAUAAUUCACUUGUACCGGCAGACAAAAUCUUUAGCGAUGGUGCCAAUCGAAUUCCUGAAGAUGUUGUGCGGGAGCUUGACAAAUUUAUCGUAGGACAGCACGAGGCUAAGAAAGCGGUGGCUGUGGCUCUUCGUAGUCGCUGGCGACGUCAACAGCUCCAGAAUGACGCACUUCGAGCUGAGAUUUCACCCAUGAACAUUCUCAUGAGUGGUCCUACAGGAUCUGGUAAGACAGAGAUCGCUCGUCGACUGGCAAAGAUCUCUGGUUCGCCGUUUCUUAAGAUCGAAGCCACUAAAUUUACUGAGGUGGGAGUCUACGGUGCCAACGCAAAUUCUAUGAUUAAGGAUCUCGUAGACGUGGCUGUGAAUCAAGAAAGAACUAAGGUCCAAAAAAUUCAUGCAGCUGCAGCCCGAGAACGAGCUAUUGAUCGAAUCGUAGACCUGAUGGACGGUAAGAACCUUAGUGAUAUUUCAAGAGCAAAAUUGCGUGAGGAGAUUUCUUCGGGCAAGGCAGGUAACCGCAAAGUACGUGUGCACCUCAAACCAAUAUCAAAUAAAACGCGGUCUAUGUCAUCAAAUUCAGAGACGAUGAUGGAGAUGCCACCUGAACUUGAAAAGAUGAUGAAACAUCUGGAUACGCUCAUGACAUCACGUUUUUCUAAUAGUGGUAGCAACAGUGAGGAUAAAAUGACAAGCAUGACCAUUAAAGAGGUGCUUCCUCGUUUUGAAGCUGAAGAGUCCGACAAAAUCAUUGACGAAGACAAAGUCGUUGAGAAGGCAUUAGAGAAUGUACAACACAAUGGCAUUGUGUUCCUGGAUGAGAUCGAUAAAUUAGCCAAUGCGGGCGAUCAAGAUCGAUCUGGAGGAAAUGGAGUAAGUUACCGGAAAGGUGAAGGUGUUCAAAAAGAGUUGCUGGCACUCACGGAGGGAUGUGCUGUAAACACUCGCUAUGGGCUUGUUUACACUGACAACAUCUUAUUUAUUGCCAGUGGUGCCUUUCACCGCUCAAAACCUUCAGACUUAAUGCCAGAGUUGCAAGGUCGUCUGCCGAUUCGUGUAGCGCUUUCACCUCUCAAUGCGGCUGAUUUCGAGAAGAUUCUCAAGGACACAGAUCACAACUUGCUGGUGCAGACAAGCGCGCUAAUGGAGACAGAGGGUGUCAAGCUAACAUUUACCGACGAUGCUAUUGCUGAGAUUGCAUCCAUAGCGGAGCAGGUGAACGCCCAGACUGAUAAUAUCGGAGCACGGCGCCUGGCAACGGUUGUUAAUAAGAUUACGGAGGACGUAUCUUACCACGCUCCUAAGAUGAGUGGCAUGGCUUUUGAGGUUGACAAGAAGUACGUGCAGCAGCGUCUUUCAAAUGUGUUAGAGCGCACGGAUCUUUCAAAGUUUAUUCUGUAA